AUGAAAUUAUUUCAUCCUUCCAAUAUUUACGAAGAAUCUUGGUUAUUAUUGGGUAUAAUAAAACUUUUAGGUUUAUACCCUAUAAAAUUUUCCAAAACUUCAUGUACAAAUUACAUUUAUAUAUUCAUAUUAAUAGUAUCCUAUGCGAGUCUUCAUUUUUAUUUACAAUUUUAUUAUAUGGUUGAUAUAAUGCAAAAACUUUUCCUUAUAAAUAACACGUUUAUACUUAGAAAAUUUCGAUUUGUCCUAAACUUAUUUUUAUUUUCUUUGAUAAUAAUUUCAAGUAUGCAUCAGAGUUUAAAAAUAAGAAGAGCAUUCGAAUAUAUAAAUAACAUUGAUAAAAACUUAAAAUUCUUAAAUAUAGAGAUUGAUCAUACAUUAUGUAUGAAAAAUGAUAUUGUUAAAAUUAUUAGUGUGAUAUUUAUAGUAAUAACAUGUAAUUUAUUGGAUUAUUAUGGACUAUUAGACAACAAUGCAAAUUUUUUAUAUAUCUUAAUGUGGAUAUUUGAUCGAAUACCUGAUUUUGUUAAUGUUAUUAUAAUAUGUACUUUUGCCAUUUUUAUGAAUAAAAUUAAAAUUAGAUUUAUACAGAUAAACACAAUGCUAAAUAUUAUUACAAAAGGAAAAACUUUCAUUUCUAUCUCCGAAAUAUCUAAUAUAAAUAAUAAUACAACUUAA